CAUGUGUCAUGUUUAAUUUCAUUUACAUCCGUAAUCAAAGUGCUUAAUUAUUUGCAUUAUUUUUGAGCGGGACGUCCCAAAGCUUUGCGAAAGCUAUAUUUCAACAGUAAAAGUUAAGAGCGAAGUAGUAGUACAGAAACCAGCUGCGCUGAUAAUUUCACAACGGCGCCUCUGACCACGACAACGACGUCGCAGUCUCAGUCUCAAGGCCAAAGAGCACCGUGAACGUAAGGCUAGUUAGUUGUGCAAUUGAAAUUGCAAUUCAGUUGAACUUUUUGGGACAACAAGUGCAGUGGUAAUCGGACGAAAUUCAUUGCGAUUAAACAUGAAAUUUGUGGCAACACCAAAAGCGCAGCAUUUUUGUAUCGAGCAUUAUAUAAAUAAAACUCGCGCGGGCAAUCCAACAACUUUCAGUAGUGUAUUGGCAUUUAACAUUUCGAAACGCGUAUUGUGCAACUCUAAGCAGCAGCAAAGACAAUUGUGUAAAGUUUAUAAAAAUUGGAAACAUCAAAGCUUUUGUAUAGCUGCCUCCUGAUUAUGUGCGUUGCCCCAAUCCAACCUUAAACACAUUUAAAACCUAAAUUCUAACCUAAAUUCGUUGUGAACGGCCCUAAAGGAAAAUCAAUAAAAAAUAAGAAAAUAAGCGCAAACACGUGCGUGAACUGCCGCCGCCUUCAGUUGCCGUUGCCGCCAAAUCAAAUCGCGUGUCGUGUAGACUUUUUCGUGUAGAGUCUCAUCUUUGCAAAGGACACUGUGCUACAAGGCGCGCGUCUCUUUUUGAAACAAAGCAAGCUUCACAAAGAAAAACCCAGCUCAACAACCCCAAAACGUCUUCGUUUUUCUCAUCAUCAAUAGCGACGAUCAAAAUUAAUUGUGUGUUAAAACAACGUAAAAGCGAAAAAAGCAGAAUCAUGCCGCGUCGUAACAAGAAAGGAGGCAAAGGCCGCACUAACGAGUCUAAUUCUGAGGACGAAUCGUUUGAUAAUGUAAGCGUAUAUUCUCACUUUUCUGAAAAUGCCUCUUCGGAGGCCACAACCGAUGAGCUGGCCAACGAGCGCUACGAGGAGAAAUUCGAGAAGGCAUUGGAGCAAUCCACCGAGAAGUCAGCCCAAACUCGUGUGCAAUCUCUUCAGGCGAUCUGUGAGUUGCUCAUGCAUCGCUAUAUGCCCGACUUUGUUGAGGAUCGGAAAAUGACGCUUCUGGACUUCGUGGAGAAGAGCGUACGUCGCGGCAAGGGUCAGGAGCAGGUAUGGGGCGCCCGUUUGGCUCCAUUGCUGGUCUUGCAGUUGGGUGGCGAGGAGGGCAUCUCCAAGGCCAUGAAUCAGUUUUUGUUGACCACUGUACAGGACAAGUCGGUUACUUUUGAUGCACGUGCCAAAUGCUGCACUGCUCUGGGAUUGCUAAACUUUCUGGGAUCCGAGGAUGUCGCCGAGUUGGUCCAAUUGAUGCAAUUCUUUGAGAAUGUCUUUUCGGGCAGCUACCUGCGUGGCGAUGACAAAAUCCCAGUAUCGGUAACAUCAGAGGCUGGCACUCUUCAUGCGGAGGCUCUGUCGGCCUGGGGUCUGCUCUUGACACUCAUACCCUCCGGCGACUUUGUGUCGCUCAUGACCACUGGAGAUCAUCUGUUUCCCUCUAUCAAAAAAUUCUUGGGUCUUCUACAAUCCCCACAUUUGGAAGUGCGCAUGGCUGCUGGUGAGACCAUUGCCCUAAUUUUGGAAUCUGGCCGUGCACAUGACGAGGAUUUUCUUGAAGAACACAUUGGCGAGCUGUGCGAAGCCGUCAAGCAACUGGCCACAGAUUCCCACAAAUAUCGCGCCAAACGCGAUCGUAAAGCUCAACGUGCCACAUUCCGCGAUGUGCUGCGCUAUCUAGAGGAGGACAUUUCGCCUGAGAUCAACAUACGCUUUGGCACCGAGUGCUUGACAUUGGAUUCCUGGUCCAUACAUCACCAGUAUUCGGCAUUGUGUACUGUUAUGGGUCCCGGCAUGACUUCCCAGCUCCAGGAUAAUGAAUUCAUACGCGAUAUCUUUCAAUUGGGCGCCAAGCUGACCAACACGGGCAUCAAUGGCAACGCCAAACUCAAGCCAACCAAACUGGAACGCCAUUUGGUGAAUGCGGCCGCUUUCAAGGCACGCUCAAUAUCGCGUGGCAAGAAUCGUGACAAGCGCUCGGCCGUUGUUACUUAAACCGCCGUCCGUCCGCCUCCCCUCCAAAAUAGAGAAUUGCACCGCAGUCAGAAGCCCUGACGACAAUGCAACAACGACGCCCUCAAAACUUCGCACUAGUGGAAUUUUUCUUUUAAGUCUACAUAUAGUUUUGCAUACCAAAAGCCCAUAUUUGAAUUUAAGCACAUUUUUGAUUCGUUAUCUGUUACGAAAUUCGUUAAGCUAUAAACACAAUUGAUAUCUGAAUACGCAUAUAGAAGAAUAGACGCAUAGACUUACUAUACUAAGUAGUAGUUGUAUUUUUAAACUGAACACCUCAAUUGGCGUGGUUUUAAAUCAUUCUGUUUUUAUUAUCUGUGCUGGUUGCAAGGCUAUUUACGAAACGACUGUUAUUUCAUUUUUUCGUUGUUGAGUCUUUAAGUUAAAUUUUAAAUUACUGGAGUUUUAAAAUAUAUAAUUUGCGCAUAAGUAGCGAUGAAGAGGAAUAA